AUGUUCGAUGAGCUGUGUUUCGUCGUGCCCAAGGCGCAGCAAAUGAGUCAAUGGCGAGCUAUAUUCACGGCGUUCGACGUGCGGCUUUGGUACUGUUUGGCCGGCUCGUUUAUCGUGGCUCUGGGUGCAUGGACCCUAAUACGGCGCACAACAAACAAACCGUACACUCUCACCCUUCUGUCCAUAAACUUGUUCAGAGUUUUCUUGAUGGUACCCCUGAAUCGAGUGCCGAGCAACGUUUCCGAACGGUUAAUGGUAGUCUCCACCGUCCUGUUCGGGUUCAUCAUGGCAACCAGUCUGCAAGCGGUCAUGGUCAAGUAUCUGAGCUAUCCGAAAUACGAACGGGACGUGGCCACCGUGCAAGAACUAUACGACACCGGCAUGCCGGUGCUUUCGGCUUCCAACAAUCUGAUAAUGUUAUUCGAAUCCGACGAAAGACCGCUGUACGUGAAGAUGUCAGAUCGUUUUUCAAUCGUCAACAACAAGUCCUUAGACAUACUCGGUGAAGUGGCGAGUAAACGGACUUCAGCUGCGAUCGGGAGGAAAAACGAUCUGGUGGAAAAAAUCGCGAGCUCGUACGUGGAAAACAACGAAGUGCUGUUGCACAUCGUGGACGAAUGUCCGCGGUCAUUCCACAUCGUCUACCUGGUCCGCCGAGACGUGCCGUUCAUACACGUCGUGGACCGCAUAAUCACCACGUUCGUGGAAAGCGGCAUCGUCAACAGUUGGUUUAUGCACGCAAAACCGUUCCGGCCGAUAUCCGAUUAUCAUCACCGGAAAGACCCUCACAAAGUGUUCACCUUCAAGAACGUGGUGAUCGCGUUCAUGUGCCUCAUGAUUGGACUGAUCGCGAGCGGUAUCGCUUUCGUCGCGGAACUCGUCUACUUCCAUAAGUUCGCCAGUCCGGAACACUCGGCCGCCGACACCCGCGGCCAAUACCCGAGGAAUGUAAUAUUAUUUUAUUCGCGACCACGGCCGCCUAACGGGUUUGAACGCGAAGCAAUGACACAACGCCAAUAA